CCUUUCUUUCUUUUUGGUACCGGGGGUGUAACUCAUGACCUUAGGAUUGCCAGGCAGGCACUUACACAUCUGAGCUAAAUCCUUAGCAGCUAAGCUUUUAACUUAGGGUGUCCCAUUCAAUGAGGCAGGCGUUUAUGGGAGGCUGAAGAUGUGCUUAUUGAAUCCCCAGCAUCAAAUAUGUAGGUACAUGCAUAGGUACAUCCCCUUACGUGAUAGAAGGACUUUGCAAGUGCCAUUAAAGAUUUUUGGAGGGAGACCUCCUGGAGUGCCUGGGCGAUGGUCCUUGUAAACAGGAGGAGGAGGACAUUUGACCACAGCACAGAGGUGUCUGAAGAGUGCAUCAUGAGACAGAUGCAGGCAUCGCUGCUGGCCUUGGAGACGGAGGAAGCACUGGGACCAUGGGAAGCUGGUGGCCUGUAGGAGCUGGGAACUCCAGGCAGCUGUGGGUUCCGGUCCCGGUCUGUCCUGUUCUGUCUGUGCAUCCGCUGCUGAUGGUAGCGGCAUCUGUAGGGAAGACCAGCUAGGAAGACGGUGGACCCGGGUCUCCCUGGUGGAGGGGUUACCUUCUCAAUGUGGGAGGAGUGUAAGCGCCUCUUUUUCUUCCACUACCUGAGGAUGGUGCUUCCUCCCAAGCUUCCUGUGUCCUCACUGAGUUUCUCCUCAAAAAGCACCCAAGCUCGCUACCCAGACACGUGUCCCAGAAGGGCGGCAGCCUCUGGUCUACAAAAAGCCAGACUCCACUAGUUCGCUCUUCCAGGAAGGCCAUUUCCCAGAGCCAUCUCGUUGUGCCAUGUUGAAGUCUACUUUGCUAUUUUGCAAAGAUCUUUUAAGCCCUGUGUACUAUGGGAGCAAUGGGAGCCUGCUUUUGUGUUUUGUUUUUUUCUUUCUCCCCUUUAAUUAGCACACCCCCACCCCCCAGGAUUCAAUCCAGGGCUCCUGCUAGGCGAGCACUGCCAGCCCCUAAAUUACUGUUUUAAAAUUCCAAGCUAAUAGUACAUUCACAUGCAAGUUUAAGAAAUAAUAAAGAGGAACUGGGUGUGACAGCACAUGCUUGUAAUGCCAGCACUCUGGUGGCUGGGGUAGGAGGGUCACAGAGCUAGAGGCAAUGACAAAAUAAAUCACAAGUAGGACCCAGAUAUGGUGCUAUACACCUACAUUUCCAACCCUCUGGGAGGCUGAGGCAGGAGGAUUCUAAGUCCAAGUUAGCAAGACACUGUCUCAAAAAUAAAAUUAAAAAAUUUAAAAGUUGGGAAUGUAGCUUAAAGUGAAACCUCUGGAUUCAAUCCCUUUAUAAGGCUGGGAGUUCAGCUCAGUGGUACAGCACUUGCCUAGCAUGCAUGAAGCCUGGGGUUUGAUUCAGCAGUGGGAAAAAAAAAAAAUGGAAAGGAAAUACAUAAACCCAUUACCCAAUUUCCCCCUGUGGUAACAUCUUGCAGAACCCGAGGCUAAUAUUGCAUCUAAGAUAUUGACCUCAGUACAGUACAGAAGGCUUCCUGGCCACCACGGCCUCGCCCUUUAGUAGCUACACUGGCUGCGCUCCAGCCUCAGCUGCUGUCCGUCCAUGCACAUCUGCCAUUUCAGAAAUACUCUGUAAAUGGAAUUAUGCGGAAUGUAACCUUUUGCAGUUGGCUUUCCACCUCCCUCAGAAUUCACUGUGUAUCAAUAAUUGUGUGUGCUGAGAUGCCUUUUUUAGCGUAGAGUAGGAAUCUAUAUUAUAGGGGAGCUGAUUUUAUUUUGAUUGAUUGGUUCAUUGGUAUUAGAGGUUGAUGCUAGAGCCUUCUUACUGAAUUACAUCCCCAACCUUUUCUACUUUUUUUUUUUAAAGACAGGGUCUCACUAAAUUGCUGACUUACCCAGGCUAGGCUGAAAUUUUUUAUCCUCCUGCCUCAGCUUCCCAGAGUGGUAGGAAGACAGGCAGGUGCUGCCACGCCCAGCUGAGAGCUGGUUUUAAAUGGAUACUUAUAUGUGAUCCCUGGAGCAACCUGACUUAUGUAUCCAGGGUGAAACAAACAUGGAAACAUUUUCCCCUAUUUCCUCAAUGACUCUUGCCAAUUUGUUUCUGUCUCUAGAGAAAUCCCAAGUAUGUGGCAACAUUUGUGUCUGCACCAUUUUUUGUACAUUUGGUGGCGUACCACAGAUGUCUUUGCCCCUGGUUUUAUCACUCAGAUCUUUACUCACACUUCAUAUCAGCCCGUGCAGAUCUGCCUCUUUACUUUUUUCUUUUUAAUCAUUAAAAAAUCACCAAUAAAUGCACUUAUGUGUAUCCAUUUAUCUAACGGUCUGUUUUCCCCAGUGAACAUGCAUUAAGGUCAUGGCUAGCCCUUUGUGGUUAUAUCAAGUUUACUUUGUGUGUGUUCCUGUGCAAAUUGGCCUGCAAGAUUAAUUCCUAGAGUUAGAAUUGCUGCGGCAAAGCGUAUGUUCGUCUGUGGGGCUGCUAUAACAAAAUACCAUAGACAGGGAAAUUUAUCAAUCAUAAAAACUUACCAUGCAUAGUUUUAGAGGUUGGAAAGUUUAAAGUUCAAUUGGCAGCAGAUUCAGCACCUAACGAGGGCUCACUGUCUGUUUCCAAGAUGGCGCCCUCCUGCCGUGUUCUCACCCAGUAGAGGGUGAACCUGCUGUGACGGAUCUUUUGUACUAUAUUGGGGCUUUAGGCAUGACCUUGACACUUUCCAAAGUCCCCAUUUCCUUUUUUCCCCUGGUCAUAAUAUAUUUAUUAAGGAAUGUAGCAAAUAUAAAAUUUAGGGUCACAAUAUGAAGCAGUUUCAAUCCUCUCCAAGGUCAGAACAUUCUUCAAUACUUAGCAGUUAUCAAAUCCCUGGUGAAAUGCACUAAAAAGCAGUUUAACUAAUACAGAAGCAGAGUUCCCACUUCUUAAAGCAGUGCAUUAGGAGGUAUAUUUCCAUAUAAGGAUUUUGGAAGGACAUAUUCAGACUCUAGCAAAGAGUAUCUGUAGCUUAAACUGAUAUCUCACGAAACUUUAUUGGAAAAAGAGACCAGGAGCUCCCAGGAGCAAGAUGGGAGGCUCUUAUGUAUCAGUCAGGACAGGAUGGGCUCUGUGGCAAAAACUGUGAGACCCAAAGCUCAGUGACCAAACCUAGCCAUGGCUUGCUCUGCUCCUGCGGCACAUCUGAAGCAGAUUGGGUGGACAUCCAAGCAGCAUCAAUGGGUCCUGCUGCUUCCAAGUAGGAUCAAGCCAGCUGGAACGUGUGGGGAGAGGAGGAAGACAGCCUCGAGGAGGGAUCUAGGGACCAGGUCCUGAGGUGGCUCAUCUCACUCUCCCCCCGAUCCCACUGACCAGAGCCAGUCACAGGGCUUGAGUGUAACUGCAGGAAGGGCCAGCAGUGUGGAAGGACACAAGGGCACUGGACAAGCACCUCAGCCCCCGGAACUUCACCGCACAGCGUAAUCUCCCGUGCUUUGUUCUUUGCUAGUUGAGUACGAGAAAAAAUGGCGUUGCAUGGUUCUGAGAUGUACACUGGUUAGCAUUCGGUCCCCACCUUUUCCUGUCCCCUGGGGUGUAUCCACGGCACAGCCUAGUAGCCUUGCCCGAAUUUUCACCAAACCAAAAAUGUUUUGUGAGGAAGCCCCCAACUUUUGUCUUUUGGCUGAUACUCAUGAAAACACAUCAAGGGUUGUGGAUAAUAAGAUAAAGUAAGCUGUGUCAAGACCUUUGCCAGCUGUGCUGUGGAAUGAAUUGGCAGUGGUUUUCUCUAUAGUCUCCCAGCUCACUGUAACCCCAGUUCUUCUGGAUUGUGAAAGCAGGAGCUAACCAUGGGCAGAGGAGGGUAAGAGAUAAGGAGACGCUUGGCUUCAUUGCUGCUUUUUUCAAAAAAGCAAAAUUUGUGCACUUUGAUACCUUAACUAUUUUUAACCUCAUAAUUAAUGUGAUCUGUGGUGUUUGCUCAGUAAAGGGGCUUGAAGGCUGAAGACACAAGGCCUCUGUGCUUGAAAUAAAGGUUUAUGUAAGGAAGGGAGAGAAGAGUAGGAAUUCAGACUGGUGUCGUGGUAUGAUGUGACGUAGUGGGAUACUGAAGUAAGGCAUGGUGAGAAAUUUGUGUGGUAGCCAAAAAACACGCUUUGCAGUCUCCUAUGCCAGUUCCAGUGGGUUGCACUGAGAAGGUGUAUAAAGCUCAUCUGGCCUCAACUGAAAGGAAGACAGUGAUUGAUUAGUGAUGUCUGCCACAGGCAUAGGAUGCCAAGUGGUGGGAUGUGUGCCAUGUAUCUGCUGUCCCUAUGCUGAAAGACCCUGAGUAGGCAGAGCCAUAUGCAGCAGGAGAAUAAGGCUGGCCAAGGGCAUCCCUAAUCUAGGAGGCAGGAAACCCUGGUUAUUGUUUAGGUUUUGUCACCAUCCAGUUUAAACUUCGGUCAAACACCUCUUGGAGCCCGCAUUUCUAUAAUGAAAAGUAGGAAGAAUGAAUUUAAAAACUUCCAAGCCUUUCCCAGUCCUAACAUUUUACCAAAACCAUGUUUUCUUGUGAUUAAUGAGGUAGGAUACAGGACAAAUUUCAUCUGAGCCGCUCAGAAUGAAACUCUCAGAGGCGCAUAGUGGAGAAAAAUACGGGUUGAACAACCUGAUCUAAAAGUCCAAACUCUGAAAUACUCCCAGAUGUCAAACUUUUAACACUGACAUGACACACACGUGGAAAAUUCUUGUGAAACUUUCACCACCAAUGUGACACACACAUGGAAAAUUCCACUACACGAAACUUCUUUGCAUGCACAAAGUUAUUAAAAAUACUACAUAAAAUCACCUGUAAGCUUUAUGCAUAUGACAUGUGUGGGAAAGAAAUGCAUUUUAUAUUUCGACUUGGGUGUCACCCCCAAGACACCUCACUAGGUACACCCAAACAUUCCAAAAUCAGAAAUAGCCGAGGCCUUCCCAAAGAAGAGUGUUCAAUCUGGUGCCAGUGAAACUGGAGAGCCGGCUGCUAUGUGAGCUGCUUGGGUGGAAGUCCGUCCAGCUGUGGCAUUUCUGGGACCCCAGCUGCUCCCAGGCCUUGGGCUGCCAUUCUGGGACAAUAAGUUUGUCCCUAAACAAGGUAAAGGACAGAAAGAGAUGCCCAGGGCCAAAUGCCACCUGGAAUCUGGCUGUGUGGUAGCACUCUCUGAGAGACAGCUGGUGGUCAGGUUGGGCCACUGCCAUUAAUUUGUCCUGGUGUUUUAGGGGGCACUCGAACACCCCCAUCCCAGUACUUACCAAUGUGCAGGCCACCGAAUCAGGACCACAGCAAAAGCCUGCACCACUUUGCACACCAUAGGCUCAGGUGAGACAUCUUCUGGGCUGGUGUAGCUUCCCAGAAUUCCUCAGGAGCACUGUGUUCAGAGGGCACCAGCCAAGUGCACAUCUCACAGAUGAGAAAACCACACUUGGAGAGGUUCAGGUUCAUAGGGCCUCAAAGACUCGGUGAAAGCAAGCCCAAAACUUUAUCAACAUCAUCACUGCUGACGGAGUCUCUUUCUGUGGGUCGGUGUUUGUGUGUUUAUUGUUUUUCACUUGUUUGUUUUGAAACAGGGCCUCACCACAUCGUCCAGGCUUGCCUUGAACUCUCUAGGUAGCUGAGGGUGCUCUCAAACUCACGGCACCCUUCUGUCUCAGCCUCCGAGUGCUGGGAUUACAGGCAUGCACCAACACACCUGGCUGGGUGCACGUGUGCACAUCUUUUUGAAGGAACUGAUGUGUCUGGAUUUUUGGUGCAGUGGGAGGACAUGAACAUCUGUCUGGGAGAUGCAUCAGCUCACUGCCCACAUCCUGUCUUUGGCGGAGCAUUAACCAAGCGCUCAGUACUCCACUAGCUCUGGGGAGAGAAGACGAGCACAUGAGAGGACAAGGGUGACUCCACCCGCAGAGGACAGGCCAGGCCAAGUGACCCUGCUGAGCUGAGUGCCCACAGCAGCCAGAAAGCCCUACAACCCCGGCCCCAUGGAGAAAGGACUCGCUGUGGCUCAGGACUGCUGGGACUUUGCGCACAGCCUGAGGAUGAGGAGCAAAUAUGCACUCUUCCUGGCCUUUGUGGUGAUCGUUUUCAUCUUCAUUGAAAAGGAGAAUAAAAUCAUCUCCAGGGUCUCACACAGACUGAAGCAGAUCCCCCAGUCCCUGGCCGAUGCCAACGGCACCGACCCAGCCCUGAUCCUGGCUGAGAACGCGUCGCUCUUGUCCCUGAGUGAGCUGGAUUCGGCCUUCUCCCAGCUGCAGAGCCGCCUGCACAACCUCAGCCUGCAGCUGGGGGUGGAACCAGCGUCCAAGGCCGAGAGAACCGAGCCGGAGCCCGGGCCAGAGGAGGAGGAGGCCCCGGUGGCGGCGGAGCCAUCCCAGCCGGCCUCCGCCCCACGCCAGCAGCGACGCCACGUGCUGCUCAUGGCCACCACGCGCACGGGCUCCUCCUUUGUGGGCGAGUUCUUCAACCAGCAGGGGAACAUCUUCUACCUCUUCGAGCCGCUGUGGCACAUCGAGCGCACGGUGGCCUUCGAGCAGCGGGGCUCCAGCGCGGCGGGCUCGGCCCUGGUGUACCGGGACGUGCUGCAGCAGCUCUUCCUGUGCGACCUGUACGUGCUCGAGCCCUUCAUCAGCCCGGUGCCCGAGGCCCACCUGACCCAGUUCAUGUUCCGCCGGGGCUCCAGCCGCUCGCUCUGCGAGGACCCGGUGUGCACGCCCUUCGUCAAGAAGGUCUUCGAGAAGUAUCACUGCAAGGACCGCCGCUGCGGGCCCCUCAACGUGACGCUGGCCGCCGAGGCCUGUCGCCGCAAGGACCACAUGGCCCUCAAGGCUGUGCGCAUCCGGCAGCUGGAAUUCCUGAAGCCGCUGGCCGAGGACCCCCGGCUGGACCUGCGCGUCAUCCAGCUGGUGCGCGACCCCCGUGCAGUGCUGGCCUCGCGCAUAGUGGCCUUCGCUGGCAAGUACGAGACCUGGAAGAAGUGGCUGGCCGAGGGGCAGGACCAGCUGCAGGAGGAGGAGGUGCAGCGGCUGCGGGGGAACUGCGAGAGCAUCCGCCUGUCGGCCGAGCUGGGUCUGCGCCAGCCCGCCUGGCUGCGCGGCCGCUACAUGCUGGUGCGCUACGAGGACGUGGCGCGCAGCCCGCUGCAGAAGGCGCGCGAGAUGUACCGCUUCGCCGGCAUCCCCCUGACCCCGCAGGUGGAGGAGUGGAUCCAGAAGAACACCCAGGCGGCCCUGGACAGCAGCGGCAUCUACUCCACGCAGAAGAACUCGUCGGAGCAGUUCGAGAAGUGGCGCUUCAGCAUGCCCUUCAAGCUGGCCCAGGUGGUGCAGGCUGCCUGUGCGUCCACCAUGCGCCUCUUCGGCUACAAGCUGGCCAAGGACGCUGCUUCCCUCACCAAUCGCUCCAUCAGCCUGCUGGAGGAGCGGGGCACCUUCUGGGUCACGUAGGGCCCCUCAGCCCUACGUGCCCCUCCUCGUGAAAGGCCCGCCCUGCUUUCUUUGCACCCAGGCCAGCGGGCGAUGCAGCUCUGGCAGAAGACAGUGAGUGGUAGCUGCCCCAAGAACAGGCAGCCAGAGGCGCCCAGCUACCAGCUUCCCCGGGCAGCGCAGGCCCUGGGGUUUCUUGCUGAAUGGGGGCCCUGUCCCCUUGAGGGCUACCCAGAUCUGAGGUGCGCCAGUCUCUGCAGCAGGACCAGACAGGCUCUGGCCCAUUAACAAGCCUCAUCCUGCUGUCUCUCUGUCUCUCUGUCUCCUUCUCUCUCUCUUUCUCUCUCUCUCUCUCUCUCACACACACACACACACACACACACACACACACACACACACUGAUGCCUGGAGGCUCUAUGGGCUGGAGUCCAAAUACUUAACAACCAGAAGGGGCCUAGGCCCUGACCAGCCGCUGGGAUCUCCUUCUCUACUCAGUGUUAACCGUUUCCUGCCAGACUGUGGAGAAGCCGGGAAUCUGGGCAGCUGCUUGGGGACAGAACAGGACAGCCCAGGUUGGGGGGGAGACAUUUAAAGCUCAUCCGGGAACAGUGGUUCUUUACCAACCACUACAAAUUGAUCUGGCAUUUUAAUAAAUGGGACAGCAGUGCUGGGUACCAGUGAACACCAGCCUAGAGUGGAGCCACAGGACACAUGUGUGCAUAAAGACACAUACACAGGGGCUGGGGAUUUAGCUCAGUGGCAUAAGCGCCUGCCUUGCAAGUGUGUGGUCGUGAGUUCGAUCCCUGGUACCAAUAAAAAUGAAAAAGACAAAAAAAAAAAAAAAAGACACAUACACACCACGCAUAGACAGAAGAACAUGAAAACACAAGUCUGUACACACGUGUGUACAGAGAAGCUCCCCAUAAUGCUCACAGGUUUUUUCUGUGUCACACAUCUAAAGAGCCUUUAAUCACAUUUUUAGGAUUAACUGGAGGGGCAGGAGAAGGAAACAGAUUCCCUGACUAGGGUUGGGGCUGAAUGGUGGAAACACACUUUGCCCAUCUGGGAUUCUCAGGGCUACCUCCUCUGACCCUUCCACAUCCUUGGACUGGCAGGCCCGAUGUUCCCACCUCACGCGAGGGCCUGGCAAGCUGCCCUGGAGCUUGUCUGUAUUUGAAAGUGGCCUUGGGCCUAACUGACAGAAGUAGCUUGUUCGCUGGAGGCAAAAGACAGCUCAAUGGUCAGGCCUUUUCCAGCCAGCCGGGCCUCAUCUGGGACCAGAAUAACAGAUUCAGAGUGUUCUGGGAUGUGAGUCACAUCAGGCUGCGCCCCCCUGGGAAGCCUGCCUUUCUCCGGAGGUGGCCAGGGUCAGCCAAUUGGUCUCCAUGGUUAUGCCAAUGCUCAGAAGGAUUCUGGGAAAAGCACAGUAUUGCUCAAUUGGGGUAGGCUGGGCGUUUUACUUGGGGUUUUUUGGGUUAUUUAUAGCUUGGUGUCUUUCUCCUUUGCUGGCUGUUUUCCCUUUUGUUUCUAUGGGAAUAGUUGAGCCUGAGAGCCUGGAGGACCUGGGGAAACCGUCAGGGAGCCGGCCCCAGUAGGGAGUGGAGACUGGAGGGCAGGCUUCCCAGGAGGAUCUCAGCCUAGGUGGCCACGUGGCAGCCUCCAGCUCCGACGGAUCUGUGCAUGGGAGCCCCACAUGGAACGCGUCUCGGAAACCACCAGCCCUCUUGCACACCCCCUGAGGAGCAGAAGCAGGAUGUGACAAGUCCUUUCCAGGCCCUGCUACAUUUCCUCGCAGCCAAGCAGCAAGUGUCCCCAGAGUGCUGCCAUGAAUAAGCAAGGGACAAGUGUACUGGGGGAAGCUGGUGACUCCAGGAGUGAGGAUGCUGGAACCUUAUGGGACUUGUUAUUGUCUGCCAGUGUGAGUUCUGGGCCCUGGCACCAGGGUGGAGCUGGCUCUCAUUUGGGUUCAAAGGAACACUGGCUCUGGGAGUUUGACCGGGGGCCAAGUGGGCCAGAAUGGUUCUGACAGGCCCAGGAAUGUCGAUCCUUCCUCCCCAACACCUCCCACCCCGUCUCUCCUUUUCCGACUCGUGGGGGUGAAAGGAACUGGGCAGGGGCAGCCACCUCUGCCUGCUCCCUGCAGUGUUCUUCCUUGGGCCCCUCCUGAUUGGCCAGCAAAUGGCUUCUUCUUCCCUGCCUCUGCAAGUGACUUUAUUUAUUUUGUGAAGAGACAGAAAAUGUCAUUCAAAGAAACUCAAAGCUGUACCCAAACCAAGAGCGACAAAUAACCCUAGAGACCAUUCUCCCCAUUCUCCUAAGGACACCCAAAGACGGUUCCAAGGGGAUGAAGGGCAGAAGCACAGCAUGUGGUUUGAGGUGCCUCUUGGUUUCUCUCUUGAUCUGAAGAUGUGACAUGGUGACCCUUGGUGCUGUACUGCCUUUGCCGGGUGUCUAAGCCAGGACAACUCAAGCGGGCAGGUGGGGGCAACUUUGAAACAUGCCCUAGGGCUCAGUGUUGCCACAGGAACCCUUGGGGCUGGGCAGGGGGCAAUGAGGGGGUAGCGACUGGCUUUCCACGCCAGGGACGUGGUGGGAGUCAGGCACGUGGGUUUCAGCACCGAGCUGGCAGGGAGGAGGUGGUCAGGGUGGCAUCAGGCCUCACACAGUGGCCCCCAUUCCCGCAUCUCUGCUGCCCUUGAUGAUGGCCAGCACCCGGAGGUCAGAGAAAGACCUGGUCAGGUGGGAGGGUGGAGACGAGGGGGGAGAUGGCCUGGUCUGAACCCUAAAAGCCUCUACCAGCCCAGAGCCGUUACCAUGACUAGAGGACCUGUUCCUGGAGAACUGGAUUUUGAAGGACAACAGAGGAACAGCAGGUGGCUGUGAACCCAGGGCAGUACCCUCCCCAUGCCAGCCAAAGGCUGAAAGUGAGUCCAGGGCUCACAGGGUGGGCACUGAGGCAGGGAGAGAAGGGCUGUGAGAUGGCUGUUGCUCUGUUCAAGCUGAAGGAAUGUGGUGAAAUCAGGGGCCCCAAGGUGGUGGCUGUGUUUGAGAAGACCCCUACUUCACAGUCCAGCAAGACGGUAGAGAGAAGCCACAUCCCCGGCCAACUUCCCAUGGUAGCAGGGUGGAUGCGACUCUCUGCCUCAAAAGCAUGAAGCAGAACUGGCGAUUUAAGAGCUUCCAAUCCCUUUGCCCCUGUGACCUUGGGGACCCUGUAACAAUGGGGGAAGGUGCUAAUUUGUGAUACGUUUCCAAGAGUACAGACCUGGCACCACCUUCUGAGCCUGGCUCACAUUGUAGCCGGAUGACCCGAGCAGCCUGCUUCCUCCAGCUUGGCCUUGGCCGGAGCACCCCAGGGUCUCCAUCUCUUCUGUGUAUUCCAGGCCUGGUGCUCCUGGAUGCCCUGCUCCCUCCUGGGUCCUGCAAAGCCUGGGCUCUGGGCCAUGUUUUAAAAGUAGCCACAUGAUCCUCUCUGUGGCAUCCAUGCAUGCCAUGUACAUACGUGUCCACAUGUGUGUCUGCACAGCUCAUUCUCUGCCUCUGGCACCAUCCCACGCGGCUCCCACACCUUUGUCCCCAGAUGUCCAUGUGGUGGCCAUGACCUGCAGUCUCGGGGCAACACCAGGGCUGCCCUUCUGAGAGAGCUGGCCGCCAGCAGCGCUCAGGGUCUGCUUUGCCGAAUAGAAUGUGAACUCAUCGCCUAAUGGCUCACUUGACUUAUUUAAUUAAAAAUUAAACAUGCAACGAGCAAA